CUCGGAUGCGCACUAGAAGCUGUGGAAGUUCCUCGUCGAGGACCAGAUGGCCAAAGACUCCAGCCCGCGUGGGCUGCUGUCGGACCGCAAAGAGGAGCUCCUCAUAGCCAAGGCCGCAUGCCGCGAGGCUCUCGUCAAGCUCGGACCAGUUCGUGCUCAAGAUGCGCCUGAAAAGACCCCCAAGCUCUCCACCAUCACCAGUCCCAUCGGCCGAGACAAGAUUGGCCAGAGGAGAGCAGACGCGGCCUCGGCCAUCCCCGAGACUGCGAGAUCAACCUUCCACGCCGAGCGCUGCGAUGUGGUGAAAGCCAGGAGGGCGUCCAGCUUCGUGACGGCAGACCUGCUUGCCGGGGCCAGUUCGCCCGAGUACAGCCGUCUCCCGAAAAGGACCACCAAGGGGAUGGAGAUCAGGGUGGACGAGCUAGAGAAACGCGUGGCCCUUCUCGAAGACAGAUCAAAGCUCAGGGCGCCGAUCAAGGGUUGAUGGGGGUGAUUGGGUAGCGUUCAGGGUGGCCUUUUUUCCUUUUUGCACGAUUCGCGAGUCACGGGCGUGCUGGAGGUGCGGGU